AUGAAGAUUCCUUCUAGCUCCUCAGUAAUUCUCGCAACCUUGGCGAUCUCCUCUUCGUCGUCUUCUCUCGCCGCUCCUGCAAGUGAUGCUCCUCAAGCUGAAGCUGGCAUGCCAACGUCACACAGCAACCGUCGUAUCUCCCAGUUCUAUCAUAGCGGCUCAGCAGCCCGUGGUCUUCGUGCGGCUGACAUGACUUUGGAAGAAAGUCACGAUAAGAGGUCCACGACUGACAAUGCCGUUGAAGCGCCCGGACUUACCGAUAAACUUUGUAGCAUGCUCGGCGGGAUGAUACCAGGAGAUUUGGGGACCCAAGCCUGCGGUGUUGUUAAGAAUCUUGUACCGCCCGCUCUAGCUGGUAUUCUUCUUGAAACACAGGACGGUGGCCCCAACAAUACUUCUUCAGCCGAUGCUCACGCCUCUUCUGGUACUCCCGCCGCUUCUGGUGCUCCUGAUCCUGUUGGUACCGUGGCUGGAGCUGUUGGGAACACCCCUGCCGGAGGCGUUGUCGGCACUGUGGCUGGAGCUGCUGGGAACACCCCUGCCGGAGGUGUUGUUGGCACCGUGGCUGGAGCUGCUGGGAAUACCCCUGCCGGAGGUGUUGUGGGUACUGUGGCACACACUCCUGGCACCGUCGUUGGAGCAGCCCCUGUUGUAGGCAACUCCGCCAAGGGUCCAGUCAACAAUGUCAAGGCGCGUCAAGAGCCGGCGGCUUCUGCUGGCGCCCCUGCUUCUUCUGCUAGCGCUCCUGCUCCUUCUGCACCUUCACCUUCACCUUCUGCACCUUCUUCUGCCGCACCUUCUCCUCCUGCUGAUGGUCCAGCGCCCUCCGCUAAUGCUUCUGCAGGCAAGCUCAAUACCCGUCAAGAACCAACAGCUGAUAGUCCUUCCUCGAACAGCACCUCAGCUGGAUCCUCUGCCUCUUCCGCCCUGCCAACCCAGUCUAUUGCCGCUGCAGAUUUUGACGGUAACUCGACGUCCACCUUUACCUCGACCUCUUCCUCACUCGCUGUGCCUUCUCAAUCCGUUGAAGCCGCCAACUUUGCCGGUAACUCAACGUCGACCUCUACCUCAACUUCUGCAUCCGAAGCACCUUCCCAGUCCGUUAAACCCAGGGAUUUUAGCAGUUCUACAAUUGAACCCACCUCAUCUUCAGUCGCAUCUUCGUCACUUUUGGCUGUGCCCAGCUCUGCCCCGUCUGUUGCAGCCAGAGAUGCAGGCGACUCUUCAACGUCCUCCAUUGCCUCUGCAUCCUCCAUUGCAUCCGCCUCCGAAUCUUCUACGGCUGCGACUCCUCAAGCCUCCCCUCAGAUGCCCAAUGCACCCCCUCCUACCCCCGAGAUCAAACCUUAG